AUGCAAGACGGCGCGGGAGCAGAAGCAGGGAGCAUCCAGACGCUCCUGACGCUCCUCGCCGACGGCGAGGAGCAGGCGCUCCAGCUCGGGGACAUGAUGGCCGCCGACGACCCGUGGUCCUCCCGCGCGGAGCACUACAGGGGCGCGGCGCGGCGGCUGCAGUGCACGCUCGGGAAGGCGGCGGCCGCCGCCAGGGCCAUCGAGGCCGCCGCGCCGGGGUCGUCGCGGGCCACCGACCGCUCCGACUCGCCGCGGUCGGCGGACGAGAGCUCCGGCGGGACGACGGUCGCGACAGAGGUGCAGGAGCGCCAGAGCAUGUGCAAGAGAAGGAAAGGUCUACCAAGAUGGACCGCGAAAUUCCGAGUGCCAGAUGCAAGCUUGGAGGCCACCCCGGACGACGGCUUCAGCUGGAGAAAGUACGGCCAGAAGGACAUCCUCGGCGCCAAGUUUCCCAGGGGCUACUACCGGUGCACGUACCGCACCGCGCAGGCGUGCGCCGCCACGAAGCAGGUGCAGCGCUCCGACACCGACCUCUGCGUGUUCGACGUCACGUACCAGGGUGAGCACGCCUGCCACCAGAAGCAGCGCGCCACCGUGGCCGCCAAGAGCCAGUCGCCGCCGCCGCCUGCGCCGCUGGAGCAGCAGCUGGACCCGAGCAUGCAGCUGCUGGGGAUGGGCUUCAAGCGCGUCCUCAAGGUGGAGACGGCAGGGCUCCACGACCACGACCACGGCCCCGCCUCCGCGCCCGCCGCGUCCUUCCCCUUCCCCUUCCCCUCCGUUCCGCCGUUCCACCAAGCCGGCGAGGCCACGGACAACCCCGCCGCCGCCGCCGCCGCGGCCUUCUCGCCGCCCGCGUCGAGCUACUUUCCUCCGCAGCACCCCGUGGUGGUGGACGGGAGCUGCUACGCCGACAUCUACGACUAUGAGGCUCCGGGGGCGCGCAUGCGCGGGGCGGAGUCGUCGGAGCUCGGCGAGGUCGUCACCAGGGCGAUCACCGCCCCCGCCGCGUUCGACUACUCGUCACUCUUCCACCACCAGGCUGAGCUCGACGACCCGCAUCUGCCGUUUCCGCCAUUUGGCGGCCCACCCCACGGACCAUACCAGUAG